CCUCGCUUAGUAGUACAGUAGUAUUCAAAGGGUGGACGUGUAACCUUUGCCGCUGCAGUAUCUCAGAGGGAGUCAAGGCGUAUCUGAGGGUUGCGAGACAUAAAACUAAUAACACAGUUUUUGUAUAAAAGGUUCCAACCAUUCACAACGCAAGAUGCCGCCUAAAAAGAGCACACCCGAAGACCGCAACACACCUCGCAGGUCUGGCAGGUCUGAAGCGAAGCCUCCUUCCGACAAAAGUGGAACAGAUGUAAAGUCACCGACGGAAUCCAGUCGAGCUGGUACACCCGAAGUCGCCGAUGAGGAGGGUGAACCUCUAGACGAGUUCGUUCAAUUCUAUACUCAAUACCAAGCCCGUGUUGCUGCAGGCGAAACGCAACCCGGAGAUGCUCAGAAGUUCAAAUUUGCGAGGGAGAAACUUGAGGAACACUUCCAAAAUGUCUCGCAAAGUGAAAACGAAUCCUCAGGCAAGGAAACCGUCCAAAAGCAACCCCGGUUACCACCAUCCCAGCCAGCUAAGAAAAUCGUCGGCAAAGAUAUUCUCCACAAGACCGUCAGACCGAAACCGAAAGCUAAACCACACAGACCAACUCGUUUCGCAAAACCAAUCAACACCCUGGCAGGCAUAACAAAACCUGCCAUCCGCCGUAUGGCCAGGCGAGGUGGAGUGAAGCGAAUCAGCGGUCUUAUUUACGAUGAGAUUCGCAACGUCACCAAGAAAUAUCUGCAAGAUUUGCUGCGUCUGUCCACUACAUACACCGAGCAUCGAAAAGCAAAGACCGUCACUGCCUUAGAUGUAGUAUAUGCCCUUCGCAUCAAGGGAGAGAGACUCUAUGGGUUUGGCAGUUAAGAGUCCGAUGGGUAUACCACCCACAUAUAUGGCUUUAUAUCUUUGCAAAUACAUCACGUUCAGGUACACGCUUGCAUACGUGUUACAAACAUAAGAAUUGAACCCUCGAGCACACAAAGUAGUCGAAUUCGACGUAUCGUACUAUUUCGGUGUCGCUCAAGUACAACUGCUAGCAGGGAAAUUGACAGCCAAAGAGUACAACAAACAGUGUGCUAAUCUUGUGCUUGUGUCUAUAAGAUUGGGGAUCAAUUGAGUAACCCACGCAAAUGUAAAUAAACCUAAUUUUCGCCAC